AUGGCAAAGGGCGGAGAGGAGGACGACUCGGAGAACACUGUGAUUGCUGUGCACAACUACAACCCUGUGCGGGAGAAUCAGCUGCCCCUGCAGAAGGGUGAGAAGUACUUUGUUGUCAAUCAGAGCAACGCUCAGUGGUGGUACGUCCGCAACAUGGCCGGUCAGGCCGGAUAUGUGCCAACAAACUACAUCCACAAACCAAACAGCCUCAAUUCAUUUGGAAAUAGUAAAAGCCAGGAAAUGAAAUGCAUGCCUCUACCCUUCCGCUUCCCCUCCUCUUCUCCUCCCAUCCGCCCCUUGAUACCCCUCUCCGUUUGCGGUUUCUUCUAA